GCUUAUCAUUUUUCUCACACCUACCAAACGAUAACAGAAUUAUAUUUACUAGAACGAGUAUGAUUAUUUCCAUUCAUUCACAUGGUAUGUGAGAUAUCAAAUGGAUUGAGUUUUAGUGCUUUUGAGUCUCGACGGUCGCGGGAUGAUGUUCGAAGCGAAUGCUUGUGUUUCAUGUUGACUUCAUGCUUAGCUCAUAGUGCAAGGAAUGUCUACUGCGAAGAGAAGACGAUGGCAUAUCCCUGCCUCAGUUACAGCAAAAACAACAUUUAAUCCUAUUAGAUCCAUCGUAGACAGAAUGAAAGUAACACCAAAUCCCACAAAGAAAAUGAUUGCUCUAUCAAUAGGGGAUCCAUCAGUGUUUGGGAAUUUAGAGCCUUGUCAAGAGAUGUUGGAGGCUGUUGUGAAGUGCCUAAAGCAAUCAAAACAUAAUGGAUAUGCUCCUUCAACAGGUUAUGUCAAGGCUCGAGAGGCAAUUGCUGCAGAGCAUUCCUAUCCUUUCUCUCCAAUAAAUUACAAGGAUGUUGUUCUAGCAUGUGGUUGCUCUGGGGCUUUGGAAUUGGCUUUAGAUGUUCUACUAAACCCUGGAGAUAAUGUUCUUCUGCCCAAACCAGGCUUUUCUAUUUAUCAGACACUGAGCAUAUCCCGAGGCCAUGAAGUCAGACAUUACAAUCUUUUGCCCGAGAGAUCCUGGGAGAUUGACCUUGAUCACCUUGAGUCACUGAUUGAUGACAGAACCAGAGCAAUACUUGUUAACAAUCCAUCCAAUCCUUGUGGUUCAGUUUAUUCAAAAGAACAUCUGGAAGCUAUUCUCGAAGUUGCUGAAAGAUACAUGCUUCCUAUUAUUGCAGAUGAAGUGUACGAAUAUGCUGUUUUUCCUGGAUACAAGUUUUACCCACUUGCACAGUUAUCAGACAAUGUUCCCAUUUUGACUUGUGGUGCAAUUUCAAAAAGGUUUCUUGUGCCUGGCUGGAGAUUGGGAUGGGUCAUAAUCUAUGACAAAAAUGAAGCAUUUGAAAGUGAGGUCAGAACAGGACUUAUAGCACUUUCCCAGCAAAUCUUAGGCCCAAACACUCUCAUUCAAGGAGCUCUUCCAGAAAUACUGACCAAUACACCACAAAGCUUUUUUGACAACACAAUGAGGACAAUUCAGAAAAACGCUGAAAUACUUUAUGAGGCACUGCUAAGAAUUCCAGAACUGGAACCCAAAAUGCCAUGUGGAGCAAUGUAUAUGAUGGUCGGAAUUGACAUAUCCAAGUUAGAUGGCAUUGUGGAUGACUUAGACUUCACUGAAAAACUGAUCUCAGAACAAUCAGUGUUUUGUCUACCAGGAAAGUGCUUUCAGUAUCCAAACUACUUCCGCAUUGUUCUGACUGUACCGGAGGAAUUGACUCAGUUGGCAUGCAAGAGAAUCAACGAGUUUUGCAAAACUCACAGAAGAGUGAUUGUCAAAAAGCCUCAGCCUGAAUAGGUACAGGAGCUUGAUCAUAUAACAACAGAUAGUAACUAUACAGACAAGAGUUGGUAGAUUCUUCCUUAAUAGUUGAAAGACUCAGACUUUGUUUGCCUCUUAAUCACAAGUUUUUUUUCAUUUUUCAAGCUAAUGCAGCAUAUUCAUGGGUUGCUACAGUCAUAGGAUUUUGAAAUUCCCUGACAAAUAUUAACUUUCCUUGACCAACUGAGUUAAAUAUUUAAAAAAGGAUCCUGAUAAUGGUUGUGGUUGACCAUGGCUAAAAGUAUUCUAUACUCUGACAAAACUAAAAAUUGAUUUUUUUCAAUUUUUAUAAGAAUGUACAGGGAAUUCUCUUGAAAGAUACUUUAACUGGUGUAUAAUUUUAAAUGAAGUUUAGCAACUGGUUUAGCAAAAUCACAAUCUAAACUAUUUUCAAUGUGACAAAAUAUUUUAUUUAAAUGUUGCAAAUUGUACAAAAUUGCAACAAGGAAAAUAUUUACUCAACUUACACAAACUACUUACAGUGAUUGUGGUCCAAGUUAAACUUUAUUUAAAUCACAGACUUUUGGUCUCCAGAGUACCCAUUUGAACAAUGUAUGUGAUUUCAAGCAGAUACUCAGGAUUCCAAGGUUCUGUAUCAGACAAUUGUCCUUAUUGAGACAUAUAACAUUUUUUAAGGUUCAAGAACAUUCAUUAAAUAAUAAAGCAGGUAAAUAGGUUUCAUAAACCAUUGGGGAAGCACACGAGGUUCAAAAGUUUAUUUUUAUCUUGUUUCAAACCACAUUUGUCCAAUAUGUUAAAUUGCGGAUAAUUAAAUGUUAGGUUUGAACAGUCUUCAAUGUGGAAUUUUCAAACUUAAAGUAGCUAAAUGUGUUCUAUCUUUGUACAUGAAAGGCUAUUUUCAUACUUCAAUAUUUGACAACUUUUCUAGUCAAAUUUGCUGGAAUAUUUGCUAUAUUUUUCAAUAUGUUGGUGGUCUGUCAGAGAAUCAAGUUUAUUACAGUAGAUAAACCCAGCUGGAAAAUAGUUUUAAUAUUCUGAGAUAAAAUGUUUACUGUAUGCUAUACAGAUGACGUUGGUCAAAGAAUUGAAAGUUCAUGUCCUAGAAAGAUAAUUAAAGUAAAUUCUUUGUAAUAGAGCCCAGUUAGUGCUCUAACUGAUCAGAAAUGUUUGAUUUUUGUGCCUGUCAGGGACAGCUCUUUUUCUAAGGUACUGUUUGCCAAGUAAGGUUGUGUGAGAAAAGUUGCUUUCCCAGCAUGGAAAACUCUCAUUCCAAGCAACUGGAAAGGGGCUUUUAAAAUCCUGAAAUGAUGGAUAUCGGAAAUACUUAAUUGCCUUAAAUUUUUGAUAUAGGGACACCACUAUGAUAUUUUCAUACCUGUAGAAGUCAAUGGAAACAUAUUUUCACUAUUUUAUUUAUUAAUUCAAGGAAGUGUAACACAUUCACAAGGUUCAAUUAGAAUGGAUACAGUCCCAUUAAUUAGAAGUGAAGUUAAAAGGGAUAUAUAUUGUAAAACUAAAUGGUAUUUAUUUAAAAAGUUAUUUAGUGGUCAAACUUGUUGUAUAAUAAAUGAGUUGGUAAAGUGAGACAUCGAUUGACAUGUGUAAUCAUUGUUGUGGGAGAGAAAUAAAAAUUGUAUUAAAGCUCAGGAAUUAG